AUGUUAUUACUACUAAUUUCUGGUCCAAGGCAGCCUGGUAAUGAUAUUGAUGUGUAUCUGGCUCCACUAAUUGAUGAUUUGAAGAUGUUGUGGGAAACAGGUGUAGAGGUGUUCGAUGCACAUCGUAACGAGAAUUUCAAUUUGAAAGCAUUGUUGUUUUGUAAUAUUCAAGAUUUUCCAGCAUAUGGUAAUCUAUCAGGAUACACAGUUUACGGGAAAACUGCUUGUCCCGUAUGCAUGGAGGGUUUUCAAGGAAGGUGGUUGAGUGCAUCUAAGAAGAAUGUUUUUGAUGGAAAUCGUAUAUUUUUGCCAUGUACUCAUCACUAUCGCAACUUGAAAAAGGCCUUCAAUGGACAUCAAGAGUUUAGGGUGCGCCCUAAGAUACUAUCUGGAGUAGAGGUGUUUGAAAAUAUCAAAGAUCUCAAGAUCACAUAUGGUAAGAAGCAUAAAAAACUUCUUCCUCAGCAAGGAUUCAAAAAGUGUUCAAUAUUGUGGAGCUUACCAUAUUGGAGAUUCCUUUUUGUGAGACAUACGCUUGAUGUGAUGCAUAUUGAGAAAAAUGUGUGUGAUAGUGUUAUUGGUACACUAUUGAAUAUUAGUGGAAAGACCAAAGAUGGGGAGAAAGCUAGAGACGACUUAAUGGAAAUGGGGAUUAGAGAUGAACUCCAUGUGGUUGAGAAUGAGAAUGGUCGAAAGUACUUGCCACCGGCUGCUUAUACGCUCUCUAGAAAAGAGAAAAUCGAGUUAUGUCAGAGCUUGGCCGGAGUGAAAGUGCCGGAAGGUUAUUCUUCUAACAUUCGCAACCUGGUAAACAUGGAAAGUUUGAAACUUAUGGGCCUUAAGUCUCAUGAUUUUCAUGUUUUGAUGCAAAAUUUGUUGCCCAUAGCUAUUCGUUCAAUAUUGCCUAAAAAUGUUCGAUACGCCAUUACUAGACUUUGUUUGUUUUUUAAUGCAAUCUAUAGUAAAGUCAUUGAUCCCGAACAUUUGAAUGCUUUGGAGGAAGAAAUUGUUAUAAUUUUAUGUCAAUUAGAGAUGUACUUUCCUCCAUCGUUUUUUGAUAUCAUGGUUCAUUUGACGGUUCACUUGGUAAGAGAGAUAAGAUUUUGUGGUCCAAUAUAUUUGAGAGUUCAAUGGGCUUUUGAAAGGCAAAUGAGAACAUACCAAGGGUAUGUGAAGAAUGUUUAUCGACCUGUAGGUUGUAUUGCUGAGCAACUUUUCUAUGAAGAAGUAUUACAAUAUGCUGGUGAUUUUAUGAUAAAUUCAAUGAGAAUAGGGAUUCCUAUAUCCCGUCAUAGUGGACGAAUGGAUGGUGUGGGAACCUUAGGUCGUAAUCAACGUGAUAUGUCUUAUGACAAUAGGCACAAGGCACACUCAUACAUUCUGCAUAAUGAGGAUGAAGUUGCACCCUAUGUUGAAAGACAUAUGAGACACUUGAGAAAGUACAAUCCAAGAGCAAGCGAAAAGGCAUUAGCUGACAAACAUAGCAAAUCAUUCAUUUCUUGA